GUGAGGUGGAAAGAGACCAAGAAGCAAUGUGUGUAGGUCAGUCAGCAUUAUAAAGUUAGUCAGCCUGCUACACCAGGCCAAUCUGUUGUAAGAGGCGCGACAUUUCACUGUACUCACACAUGACAUACUAAACUGACUGACUUAGCAGCCGGUAUAACUGAACGAAGGAUAUACAUACGCAUACAGACAGAGAGCGAGGUUAGUUGAUAGAAGAAAAACAUGGAACGUAACGAUUCCACGUGUCCCGUCCGGGACAGUGGAGUUAAUAGAGAAAUUCCAGAUAAAGAUAUUGACAACAUCGUUGCGGACCAUAGACAAGCGAUGUAUAUUGGUUUGAGGUUACCUAAGAGACCUCGACGUCCAGUAAAAAAAUCAAGAUCAAAGAAACAAGGCGACAAAGUGGCUCCGUCGUCCGGAAAUGUUUCUGUACCAGUGUAUUUAUCUCCAUCUGAGCAAGUACAAAACCUUUUAGGUGAGGUUGAAGAUGAGGAACACGUCACGCAUGAUGUCUUCUGUCAAAUGGAUAACCUGCAGUGUACUAAUGGAGAAUAUCAUUGGAGUGAAGCUGCCAGAUGGGUGAAAUAUGAAGAAGAUGUUGAGGAAGGAGGAGAAAGAUGGUCGAAACCUCAUGUGGCAUCUUUAUCUUUACAUUCCUUGUUCGAACUCCGAAGCUGUAUGAUGUCUGGUGCUGUGAUGCUAGACAUGGACGCACAUAAUCUAUCUCAAGUGAUAGAUCUCCUCCUGGACAACCUAAUAAACUGUAAACUCCUUGAAGAGUGUAUGCGAGAUACAAUACGAUCAACCGUCGUCCGACCACACGUCCAUCAGCACACUAAACGCAAGAAGAGCGUUAUUCCCGCUAAUGAUGACCAGAGAUUCCGAAAAACCGUAAAAAGAACGUUUUCAGAAAUUGGACGUCAAUUCUCAGGAAAUUUCAAGGGUUCGAGUCAUUCAACCUUGGCCCCAACGAAACCAGACUCUUUACUAAAAGGAAUCAACAGUAGCCCAAAUAUUGAAAUGAUGAAUGGUGGACUUCCAGAGUCAGCAUCUUCGCUAAAGCUGAAUGAACAAUUUAUGAAGAAGAUACCUACUGGAGCAGAAGUGGCAAAUAUUUUGGUUGGUGAAGUAGAAAGUCUUAAAUAUCAAGUGACUGCUUUCAUCAGACUCCAGCAUCCAAGGUUAAUGGACAUGGCUGAAGUGCCACUUCCAACUCGGUUUGUUUUUUUCUGUUUGGGACCACCUGGAAGUCAAGGGAAAGUCUAUGAAAUUGGACGAUCCAUCUCAACUAUAAUGGUAGAUGAGGUUUUUGGAGAGGUUGCUUACAAAGCCAGAGGAAGGCAAGAUCUAUUAGCUGGCAUUGAUGAAUUUUUAGAUCAAGUCACUGUUCUGCCGCCUGGUGAGUGGGACCCUAAUAUUCGUAUAGAACCACCUGCUGUUGUGCCACCACAGGUAAAUCUAAACUCAUUCAUAGUUUCUCUUCUUUACCCAAAAUUUAAUCUGUUUUGCAGACUAUUUGGCGGUCUUAUAGCAGAUGUAAAACGGAAAGUAAAGUGGUAUGCGAGUGACUAUAAAGAUGCACUACAUUUACAAUGUAUCGCCAGUAUUAUAUUUCUCUACCUUGCUACACUAACACCAAAUGUAACAUUUGGAGGACUUUUGGGUCAAGCCACUGAUCAGUACAUGGGAACAAUGGAAUGUAUCUUGACUGCUGCCAUUACUGGAGUUGCAUAUGCAUUAUUUUCUGGACAACCACUGAAUAUUUUAGGGAGCACAGGUCCAAUGUUAGUCCUGGAGAUGAUACUUUACUCUUUCUGCAAAGAAAGAAAUCUGGAUUUCCUACCAUUAAGAUGUUGGAUUGGAUUGUGGACAACUCUAAUCCUAUUAUUGGUGGUGGCUUUUGAUCUGAGUGCUUUAGUUAGAUACAUAACUCGUUUUACUGAAGAAAGCUUUGCUUGCUUGAUUGCCAUUAUCUUCAUUGCUGAAGCCUUUAAGAAGAUAAUUGGCAUAAAUGCUGACUACAAACUUCAUACAAAUGUGCCGGACACCAGCGUUGAAUGUAUGUGUCUGUUGCUUCCAAACAAUACUGCAAACAGUACAGCAAACAAUACUGCAAGCAAUAUUACAAACAAUAUUGAAAGCAAUUUCUCACUGCCCUUUGAUAAUAUAACAGAAACAAUACCAAUUGAUAAUGAGUUUACUAAACUCAAUUGUUCCAGCAUUGGUGGUAAAAUCACUGGUGACUGUGUCUUCAUGCCUGAUGCCUUUCUCUUAUCAAUUCUGCUGUUCAUUGGGACAUUUACCAUUGCAAAUACCUUACAAAGCUUUAAGACCAGUCGUUUUUUUCCAACUUGGGUUCGUCAAAAUCUCAGCGACUUUUCAGUUCUAAUUUCAAUUAUAAUAAUGGUUGGUAUUGACAUGCUUCUUGGUAUCCCUACUCCGAAGCUUGAGGUACCUAAAAAGUUUAAGCCAACACGAUCUGACCGUGACUGGUUCAUCAAUCCUAUUAGUGAUAAGAAUCCCUGGUGGAUGAUUUUAGCAUGUUGUAUACCAGCCUUGUUGGCAGUCAUCCUUAUUUUCAUGGACCAACAGAUUACAGCUGUGAUUGUUAACAGGAAGGAGAAUAAAUUAUUGAAAGGAAACGGGUAUCAUUUGGAUUUAUUUAUUGUUGCAAUUUGUAUAGCUAUUUGUUCAUUACUUGGAUUGCCUUGGUAUGUGGCAGCUACUGUGUCAGCUUUGGCACACAUCAUGAGUCUGAAACGAGAAUCAGAAUGUACAGCUCCAGGUGAAAGACCAGCAUUCCUUGGUGUGAGAGAACAACGUGUGACUGCAUUGAUGGUUGGUCUUCUGAGUGGUCUCUCUGUCCUGUUUACUUCUGUACUCAGUGUAAUUCCAAUGGCAGUUCUUUAUGGAGUCUUCCUGUACAUGGGAGUGGCAGCCUUGAAAGGAAUGCAGUAUGUGGAUCGGUUUUUGUUGCUGUUCAUGCCAACCAAGUACCAACCUGAUCAUAUAUAUCUACGCCAUGUGCCUACCAAAACAGUUCAUUUGUUUACUCUUUGUCAAACUCUGUGCUUAGUUGUAUUGUGGGUGAUCAAGACAAUCAAAUCAGUUUCCAUUGUUUUUCCUAUCAUGGUGUUAGCAACAUGUUUUGUUCGCAAAGCUCUGGAUUAUGUAUUCACCCAAAGAGAACUAAAAUGGUUGGAUGACAUUAUGCCAGAUGCAUCAACCCGAGAAAAAGAAGACCGGGAAAUUAUGAAUAGUGAAGAAGCUGAAGAAGGUGUACAGUUGCUGAGCCGUGAUGAAAAUGAAAAAUUGAUGGAAGUUCGAAUUCAACAUGAAAAGCCCUCUGAAAAGUUUGCCAGCCAUUUGUCUAGCAAUGAUUUAGACAGGGUGAAUAUCUCUGAGGAAGUAAAUAAAACAGCUAUUUGGCUGCAAGUACGAAAUGAGAAGGAAAAUGCACCCUUAAAUUCAGAAUCUUCAAGGAGUUCGAGGCGAAAAAGAAAAUCGAAAGACAAAGACAAGCAUUCUAAAGAUACAAAAAAUGGGGAAGGAAAACAUCAUGAACGAAAAGCAGUUGAUUUUUAUAUUCAAGAAGCUGAUGACCCAGAAAGUGAAAGUAAAAUGUAAUAUGAGAUCAUCAUUAUCAUUGUUAUCAUAUUCAUCUUCACCAUCAUCAUGAUGAUAGUCUUCAUCAUCAUUAUUAUCACUAUCAUUAUUAUUAUUGUUAUUAAUCAACAUUAUGAUCAUCACUAACAACAGUAACAACAGCUGAAAUCAAAAUGAUACAGAAAUAAGCUGUUUCAAUGGCAACAUCUAUGAGUGUGAUCUCAAAUUACAAGAGUUUCAAAUUAAAAUGGUCAGGUAAAUUUCAGAAGACCGUCUUCCUUUUGAGAGGAUAGUAACAAGAUGGUUACAAACAACUACUUGUGAUAAAUAUAUACAUAUGUAUAUGUAUAUUUACACAGACAUAUCUAUGUGUAUAUAAAUAAAUAUAUGCAUGU